AUGCAGAUCAUUGCACCCCUCGUUGCUUUCGCCGGUCUCACCACUGUCGGAGCUCUUGGCGACCGCGCAUGCAGCGGACCGAAUGCGCGUACGGACCCUCCGACUGGCGCUAUUGUUGUCGACGCCACGGGUGCCUACAAGAACAGUUUUCGGACUGUGUCGGAGGGUGUGGCAAAACUGGACCCCAAGACGACCUCGGAGCAGACUGUGUUCGUGCGUCCUGGUGUCUACAACGAACAGGUGCUGAUCUCGCCGCUGUCGGGCCCACUGGUGCUCCAGGGCUUCACGUGCGACGCUAUGUCAUACGCCAGCAACGAGGUUACCAUUACCCAGGCAAAGGCCCAGAAGGACAUCCCCGCCGAGGUGACGGGCGAAGCUCGAAACGACAUGACCAGUACUGUGCGCUUCAAGUCGGACAACGUAAAGGUGUACAACCUCAACAUCGCUAAUACCGCUGGCAACGUGGGUCAAGCGCUGGCCGUCAACGUCAACGCCACCGACUAUGGCUUCUACGCGUGCAACCUCACGGGCUAUCAGGACACUGUUCUCGCCGACAAGGGCCGUGAGCUCUACGCCCGCACGUACAUCAACGGUGCCACUGACUUUAUCUUCGGUCGCUACGCCCAGGCCUGGUUCGAGUCUUGCGACAUCGAGACCAUCGGCACCGGUUUCAUUACCGCAAGUGGGCGUGAAUCCGAGUCCAGCUCGGCCACAUUCGUCAUUAACCGUGCCCGUGUAUUCGGUAAGAGUGGCGUUAACUCGACUGUUCUAGGCCGCCCGUGGCGUCCGUACGCCAAGGUCAUCUGGCAGAACAGCGAGCUCGGUGACGUGGUCAAGCCGGAGGGCUGGGCGAAAUGGGACGCUACUUCCAGCACGGAUAAAAUUAUCUUCAAGGAGUUCAACAACUCAGGUCCCGGUGCCAACACUGGCAACCGUGUUGCCUUCAGCGGACAGCUCGACGCACCUGUGACCAUCAAGGAAGUCCUCGGCGAGGACUACGAGACCCAGUGGUGGGUUGACAACAACUACCUGUGGUAA